AAAAGUCUGGAGCGGACCCUGGGAGAGUCAGAAACACAUCCGGUGUUAGAAGAGCUGCGUAGGCUCCUGGGAGGCUGGUAAGAAGAGCGGAGGCUGUGUCCCACAGACUCUGGCAUCAUGAACAUAUUUGAUCGGAAGAUCAACUUUGAUGCACUCUUAAAAUUUUCCCACAUAACCCCCUCGACACAGCAGCACCUGAAGAAGGUCUAUGCCAGUUUUGCCCUCUGUAUGUUUGUGGCGGCCGUGGGGGCCUAUGUCCAUGUCGUCACUCAUUUCCUUCAGGCUGGCCUGCUCUCUGCCUUGGGCUCCCUGGGGUUGAUGAUUUGGCUGAUGACAACACCUCAUAGCCAUGAAACUGAGCAAAAAAGACUGGGACUUCUUGCUGGAUUUGCUUUCCUUACAGGAGUUGGCCUAGGCCCUGCUCUGGAGCUGUGCAUUGCCAUCAACCCCAGCAUUCUUCCCACCGCCUUCAUGGGCACAGCAAUGAUCUUCACCUGCUUCACCCUGAGCGCCCUGUAUGCCAGGCGCCGGAGCUACCUCUUUCUCGGAGGUGUCUUGAUGUCAGCCAUGAGCCUGAUGCUCUUGUCUUCCCUGGGGAACCUUUUCUUUGGAUCCAUUUGGCUUUUCCAGGCAAACCUGUAUGUGGGGCUGGUGGUCAUGUGUGGCUUUGUCCUUUUUGAUACUCAACUCAUUAUUGAGAAGGCUGAAAAUGGAGAUAAGGAUUAUAUCUGGCACUGCGUUGACCUCUUCUUAGAUUUCAUUACUCUCUUCAGAAAGCUCAUGAUGAUCCUGGCUAUGAAUGAGAAGGACAAGAAGAAAGAGAAGAAAUGAAAUGACCAUGCAGCCUUUCCCAUUUUGACCUCUGUCCCUCCACCCCUCAUUUCCUCUUCGCGCACAUUGCAGGUGGUGUGUUCUGUGAUAAUGAAAAGCAUCAGAAAAGCUUUUGUACUUUGUGGUUUUCUCUAUUUUGAAUUUUUUGAUCAAAAAACUAAUUAGCAGAAUAUAGUUUGGAGUUUGGCUUCGUAUUCCUGGGGUUCUUCCCCACUCCCUUUUCUGUCCAGCCCGUCCCUAGCCUCUUCCUCUGCUCAGGCAGCCAGCUGGUCACCGCGAUGAGGAGUGGGACCCACAGCAGAGCAAACUCCAGGAGUCCGCUUUCUACCCAAGCUUCACCAGGUGCACCUGAACUGUUGGGUAGAGCUACCUUAGCUCUUUUCCUCAGCGUUGUGUGGUUUGUGCACGUUCCUGUGGGGCUGGGCGGUGUGCUUUCCAUCGGAGAGGAGUUUGGUGGUCCUGUUGUAACUCAGGCUCAUUACAUCUGAGCUACUGUCAACCCCUACAAAGAAAACGAAGAGCCUCUUCUGUUGGAUGCUUUGCUUCCUCUGAGCUGCCCAAGCUGCUGCUGGUCUGGCAAACACACCGUUCUGUCUUGCUAUCCCAAAAGGAAUGUGGAUUGACGUGUUCCCUUUCCCUGUCCCUGGUCUGACCCUCAGGGAAUCUGCCGGUUUUCCAUCCAUGGGGCGGGAGGAUUUUCAGCACAAAGGAAAGACCGAUUCUUGUCAGGUAUUUAUGAAAAGGCUGGUUAUGUAUGGCAAGAGAGAGCAGAGAAGUCCCAAACUUCCCCUGUCUUUAUUUUUUAUCACCUUAGUUGCUUAGUGGCUUCCCCCACCUGGCUUUGA